AAGUAUCAGUUUGUGAAGAAUUAAGUGACAAACAUGAAGCUGACCAUUGCUACCAUUGCUCUAGCGAGCAUCCUGCUUAUUGGCUACGCUAAUGUUGCCAACUGUUCGGAUUGUGGAUGCCCCACGAAGCCCCCUACAACCACAACCACAACUACCUGUAAACCUACGACCACCACAACUACCUGUAAACCUACGACCACCACAACUACCCGUAAACCUGCGACCACCACAACUACCUGUAAACCUACGACCACCACAACUACCUGUAAACCUACGACCACCACAACUACCCGUAAACCUGCGACCACCACAACUACCUGUAAACCUACGACCACCACAACUACCCGUAAACCUACGACCCCACCUAAACCACCAAGCACACCUAAGCCUACCAAUAAGCCGUGUGGUUGCAAGAGCUGCGGUCCUGGAGGCGAGCCUUGCACAGGAUGCGCUAAGAGGGAUGCACUGUGCAGGGAUCUCAACGGCUUACUCCGCAAUCUGGAGCGCCAGGUUCGUCAAUGCGUCUGCGGCCAACCGGAUUGGUUGCUGUGAAGCGUCGAAGGAGCGCUUUACCCACUCCCGUACUAAUCGAUCUGACUGCACCCCAGCGAAAUGCAUUUUGUGGGGGAGUUUGGACAGGACUUUGACUUCGCUUUGUUUUUGUUAUCACCAAUUGAUUUGACGUGUUAGAAUUGAAUAAAUUAGUUAGACUGCAUACAUUUUAAAAGCA